CCUUUUGGGGAGGGGACACCUGAGGCCGCCCCUAGCCUCGCGGGGCCGCUUCCUGUCGCACGUGCGUCUCCGCUGCAAACUUUCCCAUUCGACGCCCCUCCCCCCAGCCAUAAACCGAAAGCGCUGGGUCUGCCUGACGGGUGGGUGGCCGGAGGUCCGCAGUCCUCCCCAGGAGCCACAAGCAAGCUUGGCCCUGGGUUGCUCAAAAUCCACCGUUGCCAAAGGGUGAUAGGUUCGCGGACCACACGCAGCCAGAUCACCCGGGACAGUUGUUAAAAUGCACAUGCCUGGAACUCUGAUCGCUAGGGCCUGGACAUCUGCAUAUCGAGCACCACCCGCCGGCCGGGGUGAGGGGGAGGUGUGGGUUCUCCCGCGUGCGCAAGUUUGGGACCAGCGGCCCCUUUCCUGCCGCGCUGCUCUUGGAGUGAAAUGGCUCCCUAGGGCUGGAGCCACGUGCUCCGCUUCCUGAGGCAGUCUGGGCGGGGAUUGAGGGAGGCGGAGCCCGCGCGGUGUGGCUCCAGCUGGUGGACACCAGGGGCUGCAGAAACUGGCCUGGGGGGGGAGGUUGUUGCACACCUAUAGGCACCCUCCCAACCCCCGCCCCAGGGCUCCACCUUAACGCUACUCUCAAUUUCACAGUCAAUUCCUUGGGAUGGAUGGGCCAAUUGAUGGGUCCGUCUGGCCCCCAGCAGGGCCACCCUGAGGGCUGGCCCUUCCACAGGGACCACUUGAAGGGCUCAGCAGGAAUAACUAAUAACAAACAAUCUUGAGCUCUUUAUAUGUUCUGGGACACACUUUGCUGGAAUUUUCUCAUUGAAUUGUCAUCUUUCUGUGAGUCAAGGUGCCUUAUGAUUCCCGUGUAAAGAUGAGGACACAGACUGGGGAAGGCACCACCUAGAGCAACCUUGCCAACAUUCCACUGACCCCUGAGACUCAGCGGGACCAGGAGCGGCGGAUUCGGCGGGAGAUUGCCAACAGCAACGAGCGGAGGCGUAUGCAGAGCAUCAACGCUGGCUUCCAGUCCCUCAAGACCCUCAUCCCCCACACAGAUGGAGAGAAGCUCAGCAAGGCAGCCAUUCUCCAGCAGACAGCGGAGUACAUCUUCUCCCUGGAGCAGGAGAAGACCAGGCUGCUGCAGCAGAACACACAGCUCAAGCGCUUCAUCCAGGAGCUGAGCGGCUCGUCCCCCAAGCGACGGCGGGCGGAGGACAAGGACGAAGGCAUCGGCUCGCCGGACAUCUGGGAGGACGAGAAGGCGGAGGACCUGCGGCGGGAGAUGAUCGAGCUGCGGCAGCAGCUGGACAAGGAGCGCUCGGUGCGGAUGAUGCUGGAGGAGCAGGUGCGGUCCCUUGAGGCCCACAUGUACCCGGAAAAGCUCAAGGUAAUUGCACAGCAGGUGCAGCUGCAGCAGCAGCAGGAACAGGUGCGGCUGCUGCACCAAGAGAAGCUCGAGCGGGAACAGCAGCACCUGCGGACCCAGCUCCUGCCCCCUCCGGCCCCCACCCACCACCCCACGGUGAUUGUGCCAGCACCGCCUCCCCCUCCCUCCCACCACAUCAACGUCGUCACCAUGGGCCCCUCCUCAGUUAUCAACUCCGUUUCCACAUCCCGGCAAAAUCUGGACACCAUCGUGCAGGCGAUCCAGCACAUCGAGGGCACCCAGGAGAAGCAGGAGCUGGAGGAGGAGCGGCGGCGAGCCGUCAUUGUGAAGCCCCUCCGCACCUGCCCAGAGGCCCACACCUCCGACACCGCCUCAGACUCGGAUGCCUCUGACAGUGACGCCAUGGACCAGAGCCGGGAGGAGCCGUUGGGGGAUGGGGAGCUUCCCUGACCACCCCCCCAGCCCUCCUCUCCCUUCUGGGGGCUGGAGGGGGCCGGGGCAGCAACAGGAAGAGACGUGGGUGAAUGAGUGAGAAAUUUUUACAAAAUUACGAUGUCAUUUGGGUCUCUUUUAUGACCUCUUUUUCAAUACUGUAAAUCGACCUUUGAACGAAGCCACCCAACCCAAGGUCCCGGGGCUGGGGUGGCCCAGAGUGUGUGGGAGAAUCGGGACCCCAGGGCUGGGCCUCGGCCCUCGGGGCUGGGGAAGCUGACACUGAGGUGCCUGGCCUCUCUCCGCCAAAAAGCAUUUUUUCCUUUAAAUAUGUUUUUAGGAACAGGGAAAAUCAAACAAAACCCCAAGGAAUUUCUUCCCUCCUCAGAGCCAGCCCUGCGACUGUCAGUCUUACUCCCCUUCCCUCUUUUUGGUUUUCUUCUUUCUCCUUUAAGCACUUACAUGGGUUGGGGGUCAGGCUGCGCUGGGGCUUUCUGGGGGUUCCGGGGUCCAAAUUACUUCUCGGUUGGGGUUUGCUGCUGCCCUUCUCCCCUCCUCCUCCCCAUCUCAGCACUAGGACUCGCCACUCUCCACCCCCGCCCUGCCCCACCCCUCCCUUCCCCAUCUUUCACCAUCCCAAAAUGUCUUUGUCUUUCUCUUUGUUUUGUUUGUUGUUGUUUUUUUUUAUUGUUUUGGUUUCUGUUUUUUUUUUUUUUUUUUACAAUUUUGAGGUCUUUGUGUUCAAGGAGAAGCUAUUAUAUUUUGUUAAGAAAGUGGGGGGAAAAAACCAAGAGGCCACUGUGCCUUUGUAAAGAAACAAAAUAAAGUUUGUACUUUGUUUUUUA